AUGGCCCUCUGUUGCUGCCCACCUUGCUGUGAGCCAUGCUGCUGCAAGACCACCUGCUGCAAGACCACCUGCUGCCAGCCUUGCUGCUGUGAAUACAGCUGCCCUGAGUCCCUCUGCUGCCAGCCUUGCUGUCUCCCAUGUUGCUGCAGCAUACUCUGCUGCGAGCCCUGCUGCUGUGUGCCUGCCUGCUGCCAGCCCUGCUGCUUAAAGCUUUGCUUGUGUGUGCCCACCUGCUGUGAAAGCACCUGCUGCAAGACCACCUGUUGCAAGCCAACCUGUGUGACCAUCUGCUGCGUGCCCACCUGCUGCCAACCCUGCUGCUGCCAGCCCUGCUCCUGCCAACCCUGCUGCUGCGUGCCCACCUGCUGCCAGCCCUGCUGCUGUGUGCCCAGCUGCUGCAAGGACACCUGUUGCAAACCAACCUGUGUGACCAUCAGCUGCAGCACACCUUGCUGCCAACCCUGCUGCUGCUGA